AUGGAAAACCCGGCGCCCUCCAGGGAUGAUAGUGGUAUUGCGGGCCCCAGUAACCAGUUUGGUAGCUCGCAGGUUGGGACGGUCCCUAUGUCGAGCGGAUCAAGGAACCCUUCCGCCAGUCCCUCGUCAAGUGGAAGCUCGUCGCGGUUUCCUGCUCGCGAUUCAGAUCCCAUCCCAUCCAUUGAGCAUCCACCAGCAGCCCAGGCGGUUCCUCCUGUUAUAUUUGAGUUUGGGUCCCAUGGUACUGCGUCCGAGUUCUCGGUUUCUUUCACGCCAACCUCGUCUGUCUUUGACUCGACCUCAUCUUACCAUGGAUCUGUCCGCACUCGGUCCCAGGACGGCGUUGUCGACCCGGUUGUUGACUUCCUCCACGGAUUUCAUCUUUCCUCCACAAGAAGUCCGACGCCAGGCCCGUCCACGAACGGCAUCAAUGCCGCAGUCACCGCAAUACCGGCAUCCGAGUCAUCUGCAAGCCCCAGCCCCUUGGCGUAUGGCGGAGGAGCAGCUAGCACGAGGGUCCCAACUACCCCUUUGUCCGGGAGAAGCAUACAAUGGUCUGCAUCACCCUCCCAACAGCUUCUUCUUCCCAACAGCGCAGCUUCACCUGACCGGCCGUCAGACGCCUCGGGUACCAGUGACAAUAGACACAGGAGGCCGUCUGCCAGAAACAGGAACCCUCACAAUGUGUGGAACGAGGAGCCGCCGGCAGAUCGCUUCUUCCAAGCCAGCUUUCAGGAAGCUCUAACUUAUGCAAAGUCGCUCAUGGCCUGGUUGGUCGGGGUCCUUGAGAGCAGCAAUUUGCAUCUCGAACCAGACUCGACCAUUCGGCUAUUACGCCAGCAGGCACAAGAGUUAGCCAGCUUUCAAUGCCCUCCCACCCGUACCGUGGGAUUUGUGGGAGACUCAGGUGUCGGUAAAAGCAGCCUCUUGAACUCAUUGCUGGACUACAAGAACUUUGCACGAACAAGUGGCAACGGCACAGCCGUUACUUGUGUGGUGACGGAAUAUCGUUACCAUGAUGAGCCAAACUUCGUUAUUGAAAUUGACCGGUUCAGUGAAGGAGAACUCAGGCAACAGAUUUCCCAACUGGUCCACGCUUACCGGCACAACCAUUUCCAUUCGUCUGAGUUCCGGGACUCGGACGACAGGAAACACUGGAAAGACCAAGCGAAGCUGGCUCAUAACACAUUCAAAGCCAUGUUUUGCGACAGGUUCUCCCCGGAAUUCCUCUCGUCAAACCAAUCUGAGGACAACAUCGUGAACACGCUCCUCGAUUGGGCCCAGGAACUGGGUCCGGCAAACGUCAAUCCACGCGAAGUCAGCCCGUCACCCGAGGCCUGCUCUGAGCUCCUGAUGCGACUUACCUCGGAAGAGCAAUCGCAGCAACAUCCACCGGCAUGGCCGUACAUCAAGAAGAUUCGCGUCUUUCUCAGAGCAUACAUUCUCAGCAAAGGUCUCGUUCUGGUUGACCUACCAGGACUACGUGAUCUGAACACGGCGAGGCGAGCCAUCACGGAGCGGUACCUGCUCGAAUGCAACGAGAUCUUUGCGGUUUGCGAAUUGAAGAGAGCUAUAACGGACGAAGGAGUAGCGACUGUCUUUGACCUUGCAAAGCAGGCGGGGCUCUCCAACGUCUCUAUCAUCUGCACUAAGGCGGAUGUUAUCAAUCCCGAAGAAGAUCAGAGAGACUGGGGUGGCCACAGAGCAAUGGAAAUUAGACGCUUGUGUGGUUCGAUAGCACAGCUUGAGCGCGAGCUCCGUGGGCUGAGGGAGCUGGCUGAUGACGGCACAGACGGAGAAGACGAGUCUCCGGCCCGGAAUGACCUUUACCGACGCAUGGAGAUGAAGAGGCAGAGAAUUGAAAGCCUCGAACUGGAACUGAAACAAUAUAGUAUCAGGGAGCGUACCCAAGAAGUAACGUCACGUCUCUCCCGUCAGUACCAAGAUGCGAUUCCGGGGGGCAAUCUGCGCGUGUUCGGUGCGGGAAACUACAUGUACUGGGAGCACCGCGACGCCAGGCCGGCCGAGAGAGCACUUCCACUCCUUCAGCUGAGCGGUAUCCUAGCCAUUCGCAGGCACUGCUUGGGACUUGUCUCAGAGAGCCAACUGCGCAUUGCGACCAAGUACAUGCAAGAAGAGAUCCCAGCCUUGUUGAGCAAUAUCCAGCUCUGGCUCCAGUCUGGUGCGGGAAGCGAAAGCGCGGAGCACAAGCAAGCCGUUCGGGACACGGUGAAUGCCCUGGAGGGCCAUCUUCACAGGGAGCUGAAUGGGGGCGCUUCUAGACUCAACAACCUGUCACGGCUACUCAUUGACCAUUUCCAAGAAAGCAUAUACCGACGACGUAGGAUUGACGUAUGGACUCAGGAUGCACUGAAUGCUGCUCUGGGAUGGAGAGGAAUGCAUGCCCAAUCGUAUGCAGCAUGCUGCAGGAAGUAUGGAGUGCACACAAUCCAUCCCGGAAGACUCGACGCUCAAAACUGCAACUGGAACCAAGAAGCCAUGAGAUCCAUGUCAAACGGUCUAGCCGAGCCCUGGGCCAACUUCAGUUCUACCAUUCAGACUCAGCUUGACGAUAUCUGCCUCUUUCUGGAUCAGACGUUAUCCUCGGCAGUCCCCCAACUAGACCAUAGCCAACAGGGUCUGCUUGACUCAGUGCUGCCGGUCCGCCAGGCACUCAUAUCCCGCAAGCAUCUUCUUGUUGGGCAGGUGGAAGACCUUUGCGACAGGUUCGAGACGCAACUGGCCACGCUUCGCACCGAUGCGCUCUCCAGCCUACGAACAGCCUUCUUCGGCCAGGAAAUGGAAAGCCCUUAUAACCUCGCCAUCCGAGAGACAGGAACGGGAUGCACGGUCCGCAAGCAGCGCAUUAUCGAGGGCGCGCUCGGUCAGAACCGGCUGCUCAGUGCUGUGAUGGGAAAGUUCCGUGACCGGUUCGGCGAGCUUGCCACGACGCUGCAGGACGACGUAAAACAGGCGGUGGACGAGCAUCUGGGUGUGAUAAAGGGCACGCUGGAUAUCAUUCGGGACGAGAAUGUCGCGCUGGAAAGUGAGAGAGACCCGGAGUUCAGAGAGCGUGUGGGAGACGGGGUUAGGGACGCGAUGGAGAAGAUGGAGUGGGUUCUGCGCGUGGUUCAGGGCGUGUCAUGA